UAUUAACUUAAAAUCUGUGAUAUUUCUGCGAAUAAGGACAAAGACCUGAGUCUUUGUCUUCGCCGAUUAUGCGCCUAUAAGAAGCCCCUAGCUUCACAACCCCCUCUUGAUACUACUCUGCUGCAGCCUGCUACUCUCUUGAUCCGCUUCUGACUGUCAUAUAUCCAUCCCGCUGCUAACGAACGUAAAAUGCCAACAUUCUGGCCAUCAAUUACCCCAGAGCUCCGAGACUGGGCCUUGCGCCAAAGCGUCUUUUUCGUGGCCUCUGCACCUCUGCAAGGAAAACAUGUGAAUGUGUCGCCGAAAGGGUUUCCUGACUCGUCGUUCGCCAUCCUGGGUCCUAACGAGGCAGCCUACGUUGAUGCCACGGGCUCGGGAAGUGAGACCAUAAGCCAUGUGCGCGAGAACGGUCGACUUACCAUUAUGUUCUGCUCCUUUGAUGCCUCGCCAGGCAUUGUACGCUUCUUCUGCACUGGCUCUGUUAUCGAAUACGAUGAGCCUGAAUUCUCUGACUACCUCGAGCGGAUGGGAGGCAAGAAAGUGGUGGGAGCGCGGGCUAUCAUUCGUCUGAAUGUCUUCAAGGUUCAACGUUCUUGCGGUUACGGCGUCCCGCGAUUGUCCCUGCAAGUCGAUCCCGAAACCAACAACACCAAACCGUAUCUCCAAGAUCGCGAUACCCUAGGCCAUUGGACAGGCAAAAGGGUCGAAGCCAAUGAGCUUCGCACCUACCAGAAGGAGUGGAACGUACGAAGUCUUGACGGGCUACCUGGACUACACAGGGCGCUGAAGGAUAACCAUCAGCUUGUCUGGGUGAAGCGGUUGGGCAACUGGACCCGCCGUCAUAGAGACGAGAUUGAGAUGGUAAAAACCUCCAUUUUGCUGUUAUUCGUCUCUAUGGCUAUCCUGCAAUGGGCGGGAUACGUGUAAUUAUAAUAGGAAAUGAGAUAAAACUGAAGGGUCUGUUGCUUGUAACCACUUGGAGCUGGCCUGGUGGCGUGACCGCUCAUCUGAUCCACAUGUGACUUACACUUUCCUUCUCCUCUGUUGCUUGGUUGAGCUUCUUUCAACUGGUGCCUCCCGCAUAGUGGCGC